AUGUAUCAAAAUCUUCAUGAUUUGCUAUAUAACAAUUGUAACAAUUUUAAAGCAGUUCUACUCCAUAACUCCAGCUUUGCGAUAAACAUCCCAGAAAAACUGGAUCUGUUUCCUAAUAAAAUAAAGAAUAUGCACAUGUGUUCCGUAAGGGUCGCGCUUUUUGAAAAUCCUCCAUCUAUAAUGCUGCAUCCAAUGGCUAAUGGUCAUUAUGAUGUUACCGGAAAAGACGCGUUUUUGUUGAAAUUUCUUGCAGAUCGCAUGAAUUUCACUCUAGAAAUUGUCGUGCCGGAAACCGAAUGGGUAAGUGGAGAUGGUAAAAAUAUGACAGGAGGAUGGCAAAUGUUGGCCGAAGAGCAAGUUCAUUUAGUUAUUGGAUCUUUUGUUCCAACGCCAGCACUUUUGAGCAGCUUUACACGUUCACAAAGUUUUGCCGAACAGCAACUCAUUUGGAUUGUACCAAUAAAGGAGAUAUUCGGGCCAUUUGAAAGACUUUUGAAUCCGUUAAAUGGAAAACCAGGUAUACUGUUGAGCAGUUUUUUGGUCAUUUUAGCCCUUUUUCUCACGAUUCUUAACAACUUUAUGAAUUGCAAGUUAGUUAAAAGUUUUGUUAUCGGACAAAAUAUCACAUCCCCAAUUUUGAAUUAUUAUGGAGCCCUUUUGGGGAUUGCAGUUAAAGAAAAUCCAAAACGAAAUUUUGCAAGAUAUAUUUUUGUCUCAUGGAUGUUGUUUGCAUUUUUCCUUCGAAUGCUGUACGAGGGCUUUGUCAUUUCUUCAAUGACUUCUCAGAGACCCGAUAAAGUCCACAACACUUUGAAAGAGCUUUUAGCUGCCGGAUAUACGAUCGUAACCUAUGAUAUCAACAAACAGUUUUUAAAUGUUGUAAAGGACCAAAGAAGAAUUGUUACUUUAGAUAAUGACAAUCAGUUAUUAUGA